UGAUUUCUUACUGCAUGAAACGCUAGCCGCACAACAACACUCCCAGUAAGCGCAAUUGUCUACAGACAAUAUGUCCGAUCCGUGGCGGUGCCUCGCUUUGUCUUUCUUUACUCCUUCCCUUUCACGGCCACGCCGCCUUUUUGUAAUUCCCAAUUGGCACAGAACAAUGAGAGCAGGAAGGAUGCCGGGCUAUAAUAAGACUCGUGGAGGGUGGGAUGAUCUACUCUCGCUCUCGCCCCCUCCUCCUCAGACUGAGCCAAGUACGAGAUGAAUGCACCCCAUAUAUUACCUCACAGAAUCAGUCGAUCACUGUCCCCACGGCCACGGAAAGCACUGGAUGCACCUGAGGAGGAUCUCUUGGAUUCAGAUUCUUUCGACGCGCCGCUACCACGAAAGAAGAAGAACAGCAUCAAAGCACGUCGUCGACUAGGUGUCUCUAACCUUGGUCCUCUGCCUCUCGACUUGGAAUGUCUCAACACGGCGUCUUCACCGACUGUCGCAUCAAGCACCGACGAGAAAGUCGUCGAUGACGAGAUCUGGCAUCUCGCAUUGAAACUUCGCGACAUUGAAGCCAACGACACAAGGGCCGUGAUUGUGGAGGAUGAUGAGGAUGCGGCGGACUCUUCGGAGAUCUUUGAUUUCCCUCUACCGCCGUCAUCAUUCGCUUACCCUACCAUUCGACGAACACAUAGUUCCGCCUCAUCCAUUUCGUCUUCUUCCGGUUCUCUCACUGCUUGGAGUCCAUCCACGUCCGUUACAUCUCUUCACUCUCGCCCCAGUGAAGGGUGUGCGUCCCCGCCACCUCGAUCUGGUGUUCUGAGAUGCAAGACCAUCCGGCCUCUGGCCAUCUCCAAACGCGAACCGCCAGCAUCACCGUCCCUCGUCGCACUGUCGUCUCCCAUGCUCCCUUUAUCGUCGACACUUCGUCCGCCACGCAGGGCUCCGCCCAGCAUCCCUCUGCCUGUGCCGCCGCUAGCGUACGAAGAUGAGGCAGAUGAGUUCUACGCCACAGAUGCUGGUCGACGUCUCAGCGUCAAUCCUGCGGAAAGCCUUCCGGAAUCUGUGCUUUCGCCUGUCGAAGCUGCUGCCCCAUUCCCGUUCCCGCAUUCUAAGGUCGUCAUCCUAAAGCGCAUGCGAUCGUCUUCUCUCACGGACGUGCCGAAUUUCUCUCGGCCGACAUCGCUGGCACGCUCUGCGGUCUUGGGUCCAGCGGAAUUGCCGGCUGGUCAUGAUAUACGGAAGUCGCAGUCGGCGACUGAGCUGGUAGAGCCUCCUCCGUGGAGUCCUCGGAGCAGAGAUACUUCAGGCGACAUCGCCGCUGCGUACCGAGCAUAUGCGCCCCUACUUCUUUCGCCUGUGAAUGGACACUUUUCUCUGGAUACCGUUCGACCGUCUGUUGCGACGAUUCUCCCGACCCGCGACAGAGCGCCCCGUGCUUCGAUCCCUACGGACAUCAAUGAAGAAGAUUGGGAAGACUAUCAGACUCUCGAUCGCUCCAUGUCGCCGUCAUCGACUCUCGAUGUUGACUUCAAUGGGACGUUGGCAGUUUGGGAGCAGCAGCAGCCACGUCUCUCGCUGGCCGCCCCGGAACAGGAACAGACAGCCUCGUCACCGCCGUCGGCGCCGUCUCCGAUCCCUCAAGAAUCCGAAAUCUCUCCCAUCCUGAGAUCCCGCUGGUCCGCGUCGACUCUGGCCUCCGUACGCACCCGAUCAUCGUCCAUCUCUUCGACGAAGCCGGUCUCGCCGGUUUCGGCGCCGAAAACGUUUUCUUUCACUCGUCGCUACUUCGCAGGCCGCGCAUCGAAGGCGCCGUCUGUCCCACCAGUCGACGAAGCCCCAUCAAGUCCCCCUCUUCCCCCGCUGCCCAAGCCGGUGAGGCAACCGCGACCUAUUCUUCGCCCCAUUGGCGCUGUGACGAUUCUCCCGCCCCCACCGCCGAGGCUGAAAGCCCCGAAACAGCCCAAGGCAAAGCAGCAAAAGAUGAAGAUGCAGCCUGUUGUCCGUUUGGACUUUAGCCAGGGCCCUCUUCCUCCGGCGUGGACUGAGACGGAUCCUUUCGCUUCUCCUUCUCGGGUAUCGCUGGCGUCGUAUGAUUCCAGUUUCAGUCGGCGGAGGAGUACCCUCAGGACUCCCGUCGAUAAUAUGUUGUUCUUGCCUUGACGGCUGUAUAAUUCUACCCAUAGCAUUACAUUGGUCAACUCGCACUCCUUAUCAUUAUAUCAUUCGCACAAUCUGCCAUUCUAUAGCAUUGCUAGACUACUUACUACUCCUUUCCAGCUGUAUUUUUGUUGCAUAAUUCGUUGUAUCUCAUAAAUGGCAUUCAAUGCGCUUUCACUCAGAGCGCAACCGGAACCCAGGUCGGAGUGUAAGUCUGAAGUCACCUAGGGCCUGCUAUAAGAUUCCAAAGACGAAGGGACCGAGCUAUCCAUCUAUCUACCACUCUGGUCGCUGGGCGAGUCGUACGCACCGUAUCUUACCCCUUGUAUUCGAGUUGCAGGGGAUUCAGGAUCCGAACCCUACAGUAGUGUUC